CUUGUUAGAAUUCUCAACUCGAGUAAACAAAUCAAACAUGGGAACCAGAAUCAGCUUCUUUCUUAUCUGUGCAAUCUUAGCCGUCCACGUGGCGUUUUCGUUAUCCUUUACCCUUGAUUUCACCGACAACCGUCUCGGCAACUUCUUCCUCCCGUUGAACACCGGCUGCCGUGGAUCCAUCGCCGAAUGUAGCCUUGAAGAUACCGAGUUUCUGAUGGAAUCUGAGAGCAACAGGCGCAUUUUAGCAGCAACAAAGUACAUAAGCUAUGGUGCGCUGAGGAGGAACACUGUCCCUUGCUCACGACGCGGUGCUUCUUAUUAUAAUUGUCGACCUGGUGCUCAGGCGAAUCCCUACCACCGUGGAUGCAGUGCCAUCACUCGAUGCAGGCGUUGAAGUUAUUAUAUUCAUUUUCUCUAAUUUAUUUUGUUAUUUUCAUUUUUUUAUAUAUAUAAUUUUGUAAUUGAUGAUAAUAGAUCUUGUUGUUAUGUACUACUAGUAAUAGUAUAGUAUAGAGAAAAUUGAAGUAGUAGAGUUGAAUAAAAUGAAGUUCCAUGCCGUUUGUAUUAUUCAUUUGAGACUUGAGAAGAUUACUAUCAUCAAUAAUUUAUAUUGUUAA